AUGCGCACCUGCGUGUUCGAGGGGCGCACCCGCGCACGGGCUGGCGGCCUCACUUGCAGAGCCCACUUGCGGGAGCGUCACGUGGAGCAGCAGAGAGAGAGCACACGACCUGCCGCGACGACGGCGCCAGGCGCGGAGGCAGCACAGCGCGAAAUGGCGCACCUCGGCUCCCCAAGCGAUGCGGAGUGCGGGGCCAACGCAAUGCCCAGCGUGCCUUUUCGAUGCGCCUGCAGCAGUCAGGGCCGACACAUGUGUCGUUUGAACAGCAAGCUGCGUGCCACCACAGAGCGGCAUGCCGAGUGCCAUCAACACUGA